AAUGAUGCGCUGCAGCCAAGGACAAGGGAAGGCUGCAGCGUACCAGACCGUGAUGGAGGAGCAGAGGAUGGAUUCAAUGAUGGCUCUGUAGAAGUGCGCCAUCAUUGUCUUUGGCAGGUUGAAUUUCUUCAGCUGCCUCAGCCCUACUCUACGUUAUUCUCUUAUCCUACCAGACGGCUUUAGUCCGGCAUCAAAAUACUGCCAUCUCCCCUUUUCGUUUGCCUAGUUACCAUGGUGAUCUGGUGAUAAUGAAGUGCCCAUACAUUACAGGCUCGUUGGAUGCUGAAAUCUGCCUUUCAAAAAGAAAGGCAGAUGAGGAAUUGGAAGAGAUUUAGUUUAAAAAAUACUGAGCCUAGGCUGUGAAACAUUGCAGCACACAGGCAUGUUUUCCCUCAGAUCUUCUCUUUGAGUUUGAACUAUUUGAAAUGUGAUAGCAAUGAUAUCAGUGUUUAGUUGGGCAGUCACCCAUAAAGAAACAAACAUGGGAAACAAACCAGUGACUCAAGCAUACCGUUUAAAUGUAUCUUUCUUUUUUAUGUUCCACUGCUAUUAUUUUGCUCUGUAUAUUUUUAGUGUUGUAAAACUUUGUUGAGUCAUGUGUAAACUAAUUUCAUUCAAUUCAAAGGUUAAAUAAUAUAAGCUAAUGCACUGGCCAAUGUGUCAUGUUGUGUCUCCUCUAGCCAAGCACGCUGCCUCAGGGCACAGUGAACAUGAACCUCUGCACUGACGUCAUAGACGCUGAGCCCAAGACGGGUCAGAAGAACUCCCUGUGCAUCAUCAUCCCGGACCAGGAGUACUUCAUCAGAGGAGAGAAUAAAGAGAUCAUCAAUGGGUGGAGUGAACAGCUGGUGGUAUACCCCCGAACUAACAAACAGAACCAGAAGAAGAAACGCAAGGUGGAGCCUACGACCUCCCAGGAGCCAGGUCCAGCCAAGGUGGCAGUGACCGGCUCUGGUAUUCCAGAGGCGGAGAAGGUUCCAGACUCGAGCUCCAUUAUCUGGCAGGAGGAGCUGAACCAGAGAGAGGCUGAGGGGGCUGCAGUCUGGGCCCCUGACCUUUCUCCAGGAUCACCGCUGCCCCCUGCAGUUGACUGUGCGCCACAGGGCUCUGACGCCGGUUCACUGAAUUGCAACGAGGUGGACCGGGGUGGCCUGGUGCUGCAUGGCUCUGCACCCCAGCCCUCCAGUGACCUGCUCUCCCCAACAGGCUCAUGCUCAAGUUUGGGUGGUGUCCCGCGCUGCCUCUCCCCAGCCCCCAGCGACCCCUUCCCGUCCGGCAGCUCCCUGCUCUCUAACGGCUCACACAUCAGCGGCUCGGUCAGCUCUCUGGACUCGGACGCCAGCGGCAGCACUGUGACCAGCACCGACAGCCACCCGGCCAGCCAGAGGGGCGGCCACUCCUACAGCCACCAUGAUAUUCCGCGAUCCCGAAGGCUGGAGGCAGAGGCCAGAAAGGCAGAGAAGAGGAGCCGGUUCAGGAGCCCUGACAGGCAGGAGAGGGAGGCCGUCCUCAGCCCUGAGAGGAGUCGCUCCGGUGUUAUUGAGAAGUUGGAGGCCUUGGAGCUGGAGAAUCCAGAGAAAAUGGAGGUGGAAGAGUCAAGCAGGAGUGGAGCCAGACAGGGCCGAAGUGAGCACAGACACUUCCACAGAGAGGUGCAGAGGCAUGACGUGGGUCAGGUUCUGGAUUUUCCCUCCACCCUGCCGCCUCUGAGGAGAGCCAAGUCCCUGGACAGAAGGACCACUGAGUCGAUCAUGACGCCGGAUUUACUGAACUUCAAGAAAGGUUGGAUGGUGAAGCUGGAUGAGCAAGGCCAGUGGAAGAAAUACUGGUUUGUUUUAACGGAUCACAGCCUGAGAUACUACAAGGAUUCCAUUGCAGAGGAGGCCUCUGACCUGGAUGGUGAGAUUGAUCUGUCUACUUGCUACAGUGUAACUGAAUACCAGGCUCAACGCAACUAUGGUUUCCAAAUACAUACUCGGGAGGGAGUGCACACUCUGUCGGCCAUGACAGCAGGUAUACGCAGGAACUGGAUCCAGGCAGUAAUGAAGAACGUCAGACCCUCCACUGCCCCUGAUGUGGCAAGCUCAACUGAGGAUCAUGGUUCCUUCUCUCUUUUGGAGGGUCUAGUUGGGCCAGACGUCACCCAGGACUCUCUCUCCACUGAGGCUUCGUCAGUGGAGAGAGAAUCCACUCCGGCUGUCACAAAGAGCAGGGCUCGUGAACGCAGAAGAGAAGGCCGCUCUAAGACCUUUGACUGGGCCGAGUUCAGACCCAUCGCUCAGGCUCUGGCUCAGCAGCGGGCCCAAGAGGCCGAGAGCCUCCACGCAGACCUGGGUGAGCUGGAGCGCAGUCGGAGAAGAGAGGAGAGGAGGAAGAGGUAUGAGUCUGUGACUAGCUCAUCAACGGAGCAAACAGCUGCUAACGAAGGAGGGAGAACAGACUUUGAGAGUGGAGAGGGAGUCGGACAAACCAUUUCAUUAGGUCCCACGUAUGUGGUGAGGCAGCAGAGGGCAGAGGAGGUGAUUGAACAACACUGGCAACAAGUGGAGAAGACACCCAUACGGGAGGAGAGGAGGGUGCCUCUGCCCAGCACUCUGCAAUCCAGAGACAGUGUUGAGCUGGAGCAGCUACUGGAGAAUUACAAGCAAGGGAUAGAGGACCUGAAGUCACAGCUGGAGAGCUGUCACCAGCAGCUCUUUGACUCAAACAAGCACAAGCAGGAGCUGGAGCUCCAGCUGAGGACGGCUCCGGAUAUCAGGACAGGUUACAUCUCUCCGCUGGAGCACCCUUUGGGUCUGGAGGCUGCGCCCCAGACGAAGAGGCCCGAACUGGUUAGUUCUCAAGCGCAGAGUUUAACAAAGAAGUACCAGGAGACGAAAGAGCUUCUGAAGCUGCAAGAGCUGAAAAAGCGUAACAUGCAGGCACAGCUUGGCCUCUCGCAUUCUCACCUACCCAUCAAGGAACCUUACUUUUCUGAACCCCCAAAACCAUCAAUUGUGGAAGGCCCUCCCCCUGAAGUUGUUCAAAAAACAGUUAGCUUCUUGUUCCAGGACAGCGCAGAGGCAAUUCAAGAACUAGAAGACUCGUUAGCUGGUAAACCUCUUUCCCUAACUGAGCUUGCAAAAUUGUUGAGAUUCCAUAGCUGUAAUCAAGAGACAGCAGAGACGCAUCAACUUCAGAAGCUCUUGAAGAGUUGGAAGUACCAGCAGGAGAUAGAAAAUGAAACAUUAAAAAAGAGUUUAGCCAAGGCAGGAGAAAGCAUCCGUGAGUACGAAGCCCGUCUUCUUAGCAUGGAGGAUUUGGUGGGCAAGGUUCAAAAGCCAAGUUUUGAAAGCCUAAAAAGCCCCUAUGGCCCCCUCUCAGAAAUUGAUAACCAUUCAGAUACAAAUGAGAUCACGAAUGGGAUGUUCUCUCAGAGGAUUGAACUUUUGACUAGUGAAAACAGGGCAUUGAAACAACGGUGUCAGGAGAUAGUUAAUCAGCUGACUGAGGCUGAUAGGGAAAUUGACAGACUGAAAGUGGAGCUGAUCGUUCAGCAGGGCGGCAAACAGCAUCACCUGGUCAUGGAAGAGCUGAAAAGACUGAAAGCUGAAUUGGCUGAAAACCAAGCAAACACUAUUGACAGGGAGUAUUACGAGAGGGAGCUGAAUGAGAAAUCCUUGAGGCUUCAUGAAGCUCUGAUUACGUUGGAGGAGCUUGGCAACACCCUCAAAGACACUGAGAAGAAGCUACAAUUGAAAGAGGCCAAGUUGAAAGGUCUGGGCUUCCACGCUGAUUAUGAGGAAGAGGACUUACACCUCGAGAGAGAGCAAGAAAAAGAGCUCCUCCAAGUCUCAAAAGCAAAGUUAUUUGAGAUGGAAGCAAACCUUAAGUCUAAAGAGCUGUGCUCUUUGGAACUUGAAGCCAGGAAUAGUGAACUAAUCACACUAAACCAGGAAUCUGAGAAAGUCAGUAUAGAGGAGCUAAGAGAAGCAGAAAACAAAAUAAGAAUGCUACAAGAGAAGACGGGUAGAGUUGAAAACACACUUAGCGAGUGUGUUGAGGCAGGAGAGAAGCAGGUUGAUGAUAAAGGACUUAUAAAGCAAGUAGUAGUAAAAGAGAUUGAGAUGAAGUCUGAGGCGAUUGAUCAGGUUUUAGAGAUGUUAUCAAAGGUAGAUAUUAGUGUAGAGAAAACGCUCUGUGAUUUAAAAAGCACUUUAUUUGGUUAUUCAAAAGAAGAGCCACUCUGUGUGAGUCAGCAAGACAUGAGGUUGGUAAUGGAGGGAGAGUUCUGGAGCCAGCUUCUGGGUUUCUCUGAAAUCCAACCAGAGGAGAACACAGACAGCUGUGAAAGAGGUGUGGCGCAACAGAUGAUGGCACUGAAGCGCUUGAUGCUCCUGACUAGAAGGAUUUGUCCACAAGCAAAAGCUGAGAUCGAGCUAAUGACAGAGCCAGAUUUUGCAGCCAUGUACAGAUGGCUUGAUAAUGAAACACAUGCUCUGAUUCUUAAAGAGUUAAUGGAGACCUUGGAGGCCAAGUCAAAUGUUUUAAAGCAUUUAGCAUCCAAUGUGAAAUUGGACAAAGAUGACCAGCUUGUGUCUUUGGCUCUAACAAGCUUUGAUUUUGAUGGAGAUCAGAAACAGUCCUCUCAACAUCUGUGUGAAGCUCUAACAGAAGCCAAAAUGUCUUAUGUGAUCACUAGGAUGAAAGUCCAACAUGAGAAAGAAUUAAAGGAAAUGCAGACAGAGGUUCAGAUUGAUAGUUUGGAUUGUCCAAAUUGUCCUCAGUUGAGAGAAUCCACGAGAGAUCUGGAGUCCAAACUGGCAGAUCUUCAUUGUCAACCAUAUGAGGCUUCUUUGAAAAGCACCGCAGGGCCACAAACUUUGGUCCAGAUUGAAGGAGAGCCCAUAGACUCACUGGACAAAUCCAUUGAGCUUCAUGACAUGAUAGCCAGGCAUAGAAAGGAACUACGAGAGGUUAAAGACUGCUACGAGCAGGAAGCUGAACAGUUGAGGAAGGAAAUCGUUAAGGCUGGUGAAGCAUUGCGUGUCCUCUCAGAAGAAAAUGUGAAAGAAAUUGACUCUCUGACUAACUUCAUGGAGAACCUGAAGAAGAAGUACGAGACUGAGAGGACAAACCUCAUGGAGAGGUUUGACCAGGAAAUGGAAGAGCUGAGACGCAUGAUGAGUCUGGCAAACCCAGACAAGAACUUUACAGACGAGGACACUCCGCCGCAUCGCCAAACAUCCACCUUGAAGGAGCGCAUUCAAGAGCUGGUCACCCAGGUCUCAGUCAUGACCCAAGAGAUGAGACGCCGCAAAGAGCAGGAAGACAUUACGACUCUGCGGCUGAAAUACGAGAAAGACCUGGAAAACCUGAAGGUGGAAGCGCUCCUUGUCCUUGCUGUCCUCCAUCUGUGAUGCCUUGUGUUCCUUUGUGGCAUUCCCAGAUCCCCCUUCCUUCCCAAACUCGCUCUCCCCUUCCUAAUCCCGCUCACCCUACUUCUGCUCUUUGUUCUGUGAACUACUUUUCUUCUGUGUUGCAUGAAGACUAACCUGCUCUAGGUUUAUGUGAUCAUUGACGCUGCAGUAGUCGUGUAUACUGAGGAACCCACUUUGUUAAAGUGCCAUCAGUUGUAGAACUUUGAGUAACUGGAACAUUAAAUUCAAUUAAACACAAAAAAAAAACCACUACAUCAUCAUAUCAGCCUCUGAAAUCAGUUCCUCUGGUCGUAGUUCAAUGUGCUUAUUAAUCUAACCCUUUGACUCAGCUAUGCUGCAUUUAAAAUGGUUAAAAGCAAAGAAUUUAUCCCUUUUAACACUUAUUUCAAAUUAUUUCAGCUAUGAGCUUAGUUUUUACGAGUUUGGUCUCUUUUCCUUUGGCUGUUUCUCCUAACAGUUUAAUCUUAAUCCCUAUAUUCCCUGAAUAACAGUUCAAUUAUUUGAACAAGUCAUUUUAACUCAGGGUCUACUUACUGGCGUUUUCUAGUAAGCUGUCAACUGCAUCUGGCAAUCAUCAGCAGCAAAUUGAGUUGUGGUCUCAGUUGUGGAGAUGUGAUCCAAGUAUGGAACUUGUAUGGUACAACUCCAUUAAAACAACUUAAUUUGCUGGUGGAGGUUGUGAAAUAUCUGGAAAAAGCUAUUGAGCAGACCUCGACUAUUUAGUAAAACUACUAGUCACAAGGACAUGAACAAAUAUGUAAGUGUAGGCUUUUGUACCUUUUGUCAUAAUAAAGGUUUAGUUCACCAUACUAACUGAAAUACACAUAGGGCUCAUUUUGUGUAUUUAAAGGAUAAGGCUGGUAUUUUUCUUACUGUCAACAAAAUGAAAAGACCAAAAACAACAAUGUGUGUUUACCCGCUCUCUGCUUCCUGUUAAGUUACUCUUGAUGAAUCCCAACAUUUCUGGAUUUUGCUGCUUCAAAGUAAAAUUGUUUACAUAACAAAAUAAUGGGGGACUUUUAUUGUGAAGAAUUUAUUCGAAAUGUGUUUAUCAGAAAGUUAGUGGAGAUUUGUGAGCAGCUAUUCUUUAAUCAAACAAGUAUACAAAUACUGCAGGGAGGCAGCGCAAACAGAACGACUUUUGUUGUGAAGAAUUUAUAGGGAAUGAAAUGUGUUCAUCCACAGUUUUACAGCCGCUCCUUUGACUAAGAAAUAUAUCGGAUCACUAUGCAAUCAGGCAGGUUGCAUUGACGUAUCAAGUCUGAGCACACAUACGGACAAGCUGAGUUCUGAUCUGGUGUAAGUACAUUAAGUACAGAUUCCAAGUAUUCAAGAAAGUGACCGGUGACGCGUUGUAGACAACUAACGGAGAGUCAACGUCAGAAAAUGCCUUGAAAACCUGUCAAGGUUUAAUUGUGGAACACACUGGAUAGUCCUCCAGUGUGUUCCUACUUCCUCUCUUCCUCCCCCGUCUGUGUCUUUCCGCCUAACGCCCAUUGGUUCCUACAUAAAACAUUAAUCUGUAAAAACUGGUCAGGAAUGUAUAGUGUUUUUGGUUUGUUUAGUUUUUGUCAAGGCUCAGGCUUAAAUACAAGGCUAUUUCUAGUUUGUUAGGUGAAGGUUCAUUUACAUUAAUCUCAUAGAUUCUUAUGAGAUUGUAAUAGGAAUAGUAAAAAUGUCUGAGUCCAGGUUGGAAAGUAUCCAUGAAUCAAAUCCCAGAAAUAAAAGUUUAGACAAUAUAAUUAAGAUAAGAUGGACUUUAUUGUCCCGAAGUAAAUUUGUCUUGACAUAUAGUGUCUGCUGUUUAUUGACUCGGAGCAGUGAAUUGUCAGUUGUCCGCUUCGUUUGGAGAUAAAGUGGUGACUUUGUACUUGUGAUGGGUGUUAAACAGUGUGUUGGAUGCUCAGAUAUUCAUCUUCUGUCUGAGCUAACUAAUACUCUGCACUGAGUAUUGAGUCCAUGCCCCCGCUAUGACCCAGGAUAUAUUUACACACAAGAUGCAAAGCCUGACAUGCUUCUAAAUAAAGCAUGUGCGUGGUCUGAUGUCAGAGCAGGAUGUUUGUUUGCUUUCCGCCUGUUACAGUAGCUUCCUGGGCCUGAGCUCUCAGGGGGCUUUAUCCCUGUGAAAACACACUGGACCUCCAUUUCUGCUGUUUGGCUGGAGCUAGAUUGGGACAGAGGCCAGGGCACAGCCGUCAACUGAGCCCUCAGAUUAGUGGCAGUGAAUAGAGGCCGGAAGCACGAUGAGCUCUUUGGUUGGGCUUGUGGAAAGCCUUUGGAUAGGAUUUGCACAUUAGCUGAAGGCUCCAGCCAUUAUUUAACGAGGAUUUUAUAAGCAUCAUCAGUGAAUGUUUUUCUGUAGGUAGGAUAUGUCAGCGCACACUAUGUUACCCCCUCUUCUCUCAUUAUCUGUGCAUUCCUUCAGUGCGUUAUGCAUCCUGUCGUACUCACACAGGCUCCACUUUCUCAUUGCUAACAGGCUGUAGCUUACAAGUUAUUUGCUGGAAAUGAAUGCCGAUGGUGAUGUGCGCUGGCUUAUAUUGUAGGGCCCAGGGUUUGUUCCUGCUUGGCUUACAUGGUCAGGAGAACCUUUUGGUCCAUGUCCAGAAGGCCCAUGAACUCAGUCGUUUUCCUAUCUCAUAGGCCACCUGUGAG